GGUGGCGGUGCUGCUGAUGUGGCUGUUGUUUGUUCGCAAGUGGCGGAAUUGAGCUGGACGAUCACUGAAGGAAGGCUCGGGUAUCGCUGACUGUCGGCCUGGCCCGGUCGGCAGCAGACCCACGGAAUCUGCAGAUCGGCUUCCUGCCAAGGACUGGGCGGAAACUUGGCGACUGCCCAGAGAGCGGACUCCGCUCCCACCAUGUUGAGUCGCCUGUCAGACUUGGCAAAAGGAGUCAAUACUGUGCUGCAAGACCUGUCUGGUGAAGAUGGUGGAAAUGAGACUAAUGCCUCCCAAAGAACAGUGACCAGUCACCAGUCUGGGAUGGAGACCGGUGGUGAGGUAUCAGAAGAUGUGGUGGAGCGUCUUGCACACACAGAGCAGUUAGUCAUUCAACUCAAAGAACUUGUACGUGAGAAAGACUUUCAACUUCAAAGUAAAGAUGUUGCAUUAAAGGAGGAGAAGGAGCUCUUUGAUGCCAGACUCUCAAAGCUAAAACUACAGGCGAAAGCUAAAAUUGCCUCAUUGAAUGCCAGAAUUGAGGAGCUACAAAAACAAACAUUGCACUCAACACCAUCACAAACAGCAAGUACAGAGGAGAAUGUUGCGGAGGGUGGUCUGGAACAUCCCUUGCACAACGAGAUUGAAAACCUUAAAGGUCAGCUUCAGAAACAGGAAGACAGUUUUCGGACUCUGCAGGCGACUGCAGAGGGUAUGAAAGACCAGCUUCAGGCUGCUAAUGAACUUCUGAAGCAGAAAGAAGCUGAACAUGCACGAGAGCUGUUGUCACUUCGGGAGGUCAUUCUGGAAAAGGAUUCCCGAUUCCAAGAGUGCAUUCAAAAACAUGAAGAGGAGCUUGUCCAGCUAGCAUCUGGCUCUGAGAUCAACAAAGAACUACAGCAAACUGUGAAAUCUUUACAAAGAAAGCUGGAAGAGAAGGAGGAGGCCUUAGCGGGGAGGACUCGUGUGGUGGAAAUGCUGCAGCAGGAGCUGAAUAACUCUGAUUCGGAGAAAAAGGUUCUCAAUGAAAAGCUGCAUGAAGUGGAAGACAACUUGUCUACUUUGCGAGCUGCAUUUGAUCUGGAGAAAGUGUCAUUUGAGGCAAGGUUGAGAGAGCUAGUGGAGAAACAUGAGACAGAGUUAACAGAGAAAGACUGUACACUUAUGCAUUUGCAACAGACCUUGCAGACUGCACAGACAUCCUACGAUGAACUGACAGCACAAAAUCAACAGCUGCAGAACACAGUUGAAGCCCAAGAAAAAUUAUGCCAAGCCCUAACUGAUGAAGUGAAGCUUUUAAAAGAUGAUCUGAAGCAAAUUGGAGAAAAUGAGCAAUCAGAAGCUGACCGAAUAUCACAAAAAGAAGCAUCUGUGAGAAUCCAAGAGCUUGAAGGAAAAGUUCAGUCACUACAGACUGCAGCUGAGGAACAGGUGGUGACAUCUCAGAACAGAUUAGCUGAGCUAGAGGAGGAGAAGGGAAGCCUAUUAUGGAGGAUAGUAGACUAUGAGGAGAUCAAGACUGAAAAUGAACAUUUGAGAGUCAGGAUCAAGGAAUUUGAACAGCAUGGAGCAGUGAUAUUGGCUCAACCCACUGAAGACUCUAUGCAGGCUGAAGGCACUGGCACCAAGUUAUUGGAAACUUUGGUUGAAGACCAAGCAACUCAAUCGGGAGAUGUUUCACAAUGGGUCACAGAACAGACUGAUAAAACGGAGAAUCUUCAGGAAGUCUCCGAACCAGAACAAAAAGCAACAGAACCAAUAGAAGUUCAGCGUGGUAAAGCAGAGAUUGAAGAGUGCAGUGCGAUUCAUUCCCUGCACAGGAUUAUUUCUGACGAUGACAAAGAUCCUGGCUCUAUUACACACCAACCAGCAGCAGCCCAAACAAAUCAGCUUCUGCUGAACAAACUGGAUUCAGUAUUGUCAGAAGAUGGGACUGUCUGUCAAAUAAGUAUGAAAGGUAGUCAUCAGUUUAUGCCUGAGCAACAAGAAGCGAUGUCGGCAACAGAUAAGCAUUUUAAAGCACAUACAGAGCAGAAAGAAGGAAUGAGCACCAUCGCUGUGAUGGAAGAAAGGACAAAUUCAUGUACUGAAGUGGACAGCACGAUAGUUUCAGUACAACUGGAGGAGGAGGUUAACUCUACUCAGGUAGAACAGAAGAGUACAACAGUUGCCCAUCUUGGACAUCAUACUUACUCAUCCACAGAAGUGUACAGUUCUGGGGAACAACUGGAAUAUAGUUCUGCCUCACAUGGAGGACUGGCAUUGGUCUUGGGAAAAGAAGAGGAUAGUGGAAUUACAAGACGUUGUCCUGAGCUUCAAGGAGUUCAAAAUGACAAAUCUGAUAAACUGCAGGCACGCAUACAGGAACUUGAAGAGGAGCUGGAAGAGUUGAAGGCCUCCUACAGUAAGCAGCUGAAGGAUAACAAUGAAGAGCUUAUGAGCUUAAAUCAGGUAGUUUUGGGUUACAAGGAAGAGAUAGUAAAUGCAAAUGAAGCCAUUGAUAAUCUGAGUGCAGAGAAGAAUGAGCUUCUUGGUCAGAUUCAGAAGUACAGUGAAGAGUUGUCUUUAGUACCUCAACUAAAAGAGAAACUGACAAAAGCAGAGGAAGAGGCAGUCGAUGAAGAGAAAAAGAGCUUUUUGGUUUUGGAAAACAUGAGUAUGCAGAACAGUUUAUUACAAGAGCAGUUUCGCAGUGCAGAAAAUGAAUCUAGGUCAAAGGAUGUGAAAAUUGAGGCUCUGGAGAGGGAGCUGGACACCAUGCAGCAUCAGAUCACUGAGCAAGAGGGAGAGGUUAAAGACCUGAGAGGAAAGUUAAAAGAGAAGGAAGAAGCAACCUUGAACUUGGAGCAGCUUGUCGAUGAUGACAAGUCCAAAAUUGAGGAACUUGUGCAGAAGCUGGCUUCUAAGGAGCAGGAAUUGGUGACCAUGCAGCAAGCUCUUUUUGAAAAUGUAAAUAAAGUGCAGCAACUUCACUCGUGUCUGUCAGAAAAGGAAAAAGAAAUGGCUGAGGUCACCAUGAGUAUGUCUGAGAAAAUGGUAGUGUUACAUGAAGAGAAAUUUUCUUUGGGAAACCAAGUGAAACAGUUAAAGGAGCAGGUGCUACUGCUGCACAAAGAACCAGAGGGGAAAGAAGAAGAGAAGCCCUCUAGUGAACCUGAGCAACCCACCAAGAGUAAAGAACAGACUGACCUUUCACAAGGUGGCACAGGCGGACUGGAGCCAUUACUGGAGGAGAGGGAUGAAUUAAAGAAACAUGUAGAAAACCUGACAAAGGAGAAUGAGCAGAUAAAAAGAAAGCUCCAAGCUGCUUUGAUAAAAAGGAAAGAGCUCUUAAAGAAAAUGGAAGAGAUGAAACAGGAAGCACAGAAUAAAGACCGUGAAGCAGUGGAAAGCUCUCCAUCAGGGAACGAAGCAGGACGCAGUGACCUCAACUCUUCAGAGCCAGUGCAACUAUGUGAAGAAACUCAAAUUCAGAAUCAACAGAGUGUUGAUCUGGUUCGGGCUCUUUCUGAGAAAGAAACAGAUCUGCAGAAUGUCAGGGAAGCUCUCCAAGAUCGAGAAGCUACUGUUGGUCACCUUCAGAAUUUGGUAGAAGAUCUGAAACACAAACUUCAGAUGAAAACAGAUCAAGUGAUUUCACUGGAAGCAACUAUAUUGCCCAAGCAGUUGGAUAAUCCACAGGCAAUGUCGCAGCAUGGAAUGGAAGAGAAGGAAGUUGAGAAUGAGAGCACUGAAAUUGAUUCUGAUAAGGUGCCUGAUCCCAUUGUGACAAUGCAAGGAUCGGUAGAAAGUAAACAAACUGGGCUCGAGUCUAAGCUUUCUGUACUGGAACAAGAGAAGGAUCAGCUGCAGAAGAAGCUUGAGGAAGCUGUGAAUUUGCGGAAGGAUACGAUCAAGAAAGCUCAGGAGAAGAAUAGACUCCAUAGGGAGCAAGUAAAGCAACAGAAGGAGCAAUACAAUGCUUUGCUGGAGAAUUUCAAUCAACAGAGCCAGGAGAAAGUAAGGAUUUGUGAAGAGCUUUCAAGGGUGAAAGAGCAGCUGCAGCUUUUGGAAGAGAAGCCUCCUUCAGGUGCAGAUCCUCAACCAGGGAAACUACUUCAAGGGAAUUCUGAGGAAGCAAAAGACGAAUUGCCAGAGAGGAGUGAGCAUUUAGCUUGGAGCUCUGAAUUGAUGGAGACUUCAAGAACAGUCCUGGUUCAGGCACCUGUAUAUGUAUCUGAAGCAAAAACUGAAGAUCCUGCGGUGGCCCAGUUAAGAGAAGAACUUGAGAAGCUACACAAUAAAAAUAAUGACCUUGAAUUAAAACUGCAGCAUUUGACAAAUCUUGAGCAGAGAAUAAUGGAAGAAGCAGUUGUAUCUCAGGAUAGAAUCUCUGAGCUGGAAGAAAAACACCGCUUGGAGAAAGAAGAGUUAGUUAAAGAACUUGACCUUCUGAAAAAAAGAUAUCAGGACACAGAGGCACGUGCAGAAGAUCUAAAAUUGGCUUUAGAGGUGGCCAGAGCAGAAAGUUCUGAUUCUGAGAGCAUGGCCAUUCUAAGCAAGCAAUAUGAAGAGUUAAAGAUAGUUUUGCAUAACAAAGAUGAAGAAAUAGAACAUUUCUACACUCAGCUGAAGGAAAAAGGUGCAUUAUUUGAAAACCUGGAAAAGACACUAUCGGAGAAAGAUGAUUUCAUUAAAACACUACAGUCUCAAAUGGAAGAACAAGCUAAAGAGUUUGAAGAUGAAAGGAAACUUCUUCAACAUGAGGUCCUGGAAGCUCAGCAAAAGCAAGAGGAAGAUACUGAAGAGGCUAAGUUGAAACAGCAAAUGCAGAGGAAGCUUCAAGCUGCCUUGAUCUCUCGCAAAGAAACUUUGAAAGUGAACAAAUCACUGAGGGAAGAGCUGGCUAAUGUAACAACGUUGAAAGAAGAAUUAAAUCAAAGGCUAACUGAAAUGGAAAUGGCGACUGAAGACCUGAGGAAGGACAAAGAAGACCUUAUGACAAAAUUGUCAAAUCUUCAGGAGCAAAAAGAAAAAUUAAUUAUAGAAGUUGAUAAAUUACUGAUUGAAAACCAGAAUUUCUGUUCUUCUACUGAAAGCUUAAAGCUGAUUAUUGAUGGCAUUUCACAAGAAAAAGAUACCUUGCGACACGAAGUUGAAUUCUUAAGAAGUGAACAAAAGGCAGAGAGCUCAGACUGGCAUCGGAAACAUGAAGAAUUACAAAAGGAAUACGAAACACUUCUACAAUCCUAUGAGAAUGUGAGUGGUGAGAUUGAAAAGAUGCACCGUGUACUUGAAAUUGGAAAACAGGAGAAGCAGGAGUUGUUCAGCAAGAUUCAAGAGGCUGAAGUUCAGAAAAAAGGGGUAGAGAAACAACUUCAGGAGGCAAUAGAGGAGCAGGAGGGAAUGAAGGAAAAAAUGAGGAAAUUUGCUAAAUCAAAGCAGCAGAAAAUUAUGGAACUCGAAGAAGAAAUUGAGAGACUCCAGUUGGAACAGCAGUCUGAACCAAGCAUACAAAGUAAGCCAAGUGAAUCUUCAGACUUAACAGACAGACGACUUCAGGAGGAACUUCAGAAAGCAAAACAAGAAACAGAAGAAGUGAUGAAAGAACUUGAAACCUUAAAAAUUCAGAGGGAUUUUUUGGAGGGAGAGACCAGUAGAUUGAAACUAGAGCUGAAGGAGAUGGCUGAGAAGCUGGAAAAUGGUGAGAAAGUCUUAGCCAAACAUCAAAGUAACAUUAUUCAAGAACAGGAAAUUAAAAUGAAAGAAGCUAUUGAUGCAACCAUUGUAGCAGAAGUUAAACAGGAGUUAUCCAAUAAAUUAACUUCUUCAGUAGAGUCAACUAAAAUCCAUGCCCCUCCAGAGGGCUCACAAGAUCUUAGCUUCGAUAAUGAAAUAACGAAGUACAGACAAGAACUGUCACAGUUGAUGGAACAACUAAAACAGAUGGAAAAUGACAAGCAAAUGGCAGAGAAUGAGAUAUGUGAACUGAAGAAAACAAACCAACUUUUGCAAAAUGAAAGGGACAGUUUGGAAGAGCAACUAGUUAAAAAUAAGGAGGAAUGCAAACAGAUGCAUAGGACUGUCUCUGAGCUAGAGCUCGAUAAUCACCAAUUAAAACAAAAAGUGGAACUAGCACAGAAGGAGAAAACAUCUGCGGAUUUGGAUAAAGAUGAUCUAGAAGAACGACUAAUGAAUCAGUUGGCAGAGCUAAACAGUAGUGUUGCCAAUUAUCAACAGGAAUCAAAAGAACAUAACGACAAGAUUUCACAUUUAGAACUAACUGUGAGAGAGUAUCUGAAACAGAUUGGUGAACUGGAAGAAGAAGUGAGGCAACUUGAGAGAGAAAAGGCUGAAGCUGCAGCCAGGUUGCAAAAGGACUUUGAGCAGAAAGUAAAGUCAAUGCAAAAGAAAAAUGAGGGGGGUAAAAUUCACAACAAAGAAUUACAGGAGCUGCUCAAAGAACAACAGCAAGAGGUCAAGCAACUGCAGAAAGAUUGCAUUCAGUACCAGGAGAAAAUCAGUGGCUUAGAAAAAACUAUUAAGGCAUUGGAAUUUGUUCAGCAAGAGACCCAGAAGAGUUUGGAUACUGCAAAGAAGGAAACAGCCGCACAUCUGGAAGAUUGCAAAAAGGCCCAGGCAGACCUGCUUUCUUGUAAAGUCCAACUCGAUGAUGCUCAAAGUGAGGUAGCUAGGCUCUUGGCAGACGAGUUGAAGCUAAAAGAAGAGCUCCAGACUCUUGAAGACAAGGCCAAAGAGCAAGCUACCUAUAUGGAAGAAGAACAAAAGAGAAGGCUUAAUCUAGAAAAAGAUGAACAUAGAAAGGAGCUUAGAAGCAUGCAAGAAAAAAUAGAAAGUUUGGAGCGUGAGAAAAAGCAUUCUGAAGACUCCGUUGAGGCACUGCAGGGCAUGUUGGAAAAGAAGAAAGAAGAAACCAAUCAGAUUCAGGCAAAUUUCAAUGAAAAUUUAGCCAAGCUUGCAGCCUUCACUCGUAGUAUGUCUUCUUUACAGAAUGACCGUGAUAGAAUUAUUGAUGAGUCUAAAAAAUGGGAAAUCAAGUUCAAUGAUGCAAUUUUGAGGAAAGAAGAAGAGAUCAGAGACAAGGAAAACAACUGCAACAGACUGAGGGAUCAGCUAAGACAGAUCACCAUUCAUCAUGAGGAACUGAAAAUCAAGCUUUCCAGGAUGGAGCACAGUGAGCAGGAAUGGGAGUCAAAGUUCAAGACUGAAGAAGAGAAUUGGAGGCAAAUGAUGCAAAAAGUUCAGGAAGAAAACAGACAACUCUUCUCAAGAUCAGAGGAAUUCCAGAAGCUGCACAAGGAUUCUCAGAAUGAGCUAUUGAAGUCAUCAGAAGAAACUAAGAGUCUAAAAGGACAGAUUGCUGAUUUGAACAAUGCUCUGGAGAAAUCGGAAGUGACCAAGGGGGACCUUGAGAAAAAUCUGAGCGAGCGAGAGGCAGAGGUACAGAACUAUAUGCUAACCUGUGAACAACUCAAGUCCGAUCUCCAAAACUCCAAAGCGUUAACGGAGAAGCUCCAUGAAGAGACUGGAGAAAAGGAAGAAAAGAUUGUUACACUGUUGGCAGAGAAAGAGGAGGCUGUUGUCAGUGCCAUAGUUGAAGCCCAGCGACAGCACGCUGAAGAACGAGGGGACUGGGAGAGGCAGCUUCAACAGUUAGCAAAGGAGAAAUUAGAAGGAGAGCAAGCAAUCAGAAAACUGCAGCAGGAAACUGAAGAUCUGGAUGCAAAGUUGAGGCAAACUGAGGAGGACUUAAAGCAGAACAAGGUAAAGCUGGAGUCAUUAACAAAGUCCAUGGCAUCUCUCCAGAAUGACCGGGAGAGAGUGCUGAGUGACUACAAACAGCUGGAGCAAAGGCACAUCGAUGUGAUUGUCGAGAAAGAUCAGCUGAUUCAGGAGGCUGCCACUGAGAACAACAAACUGAAGAAUGAAUUCAGGAGCCAACAAGGACAGAGGGAUGAUCUGAAUUCAGAAAAUGCCAAACUCAAUGCACAGCUUGUGAGAUACAGGGAAGAUCUCAAUCAAAUUAUUUUACUGAAAGAUUCUCAGCACAAACAGUUACAAAAAACCCAACUCGAGAGAACCAGGGCAUUGGAAAAUGAGAAAGCUAUUAUGGAGACAAGGUCAAAAGAACUUGAGCAGGAAAAUGAAAUACUGAAAGAAGAGAGGCAGAAACAAACUGAACAGUUACAGUUGGCUGAGAAAAUCACUGAUGAACUGAAGAAUGAAGUAGAAAAUUUAACAAAUGGUGGGCCUGUUCAGAUGCUUCAGAAGCAACUGGAUGAAAAGUUAAUGGAGGUGGAGAAACUGACCACCAAUCUCUCCUCUGCUCAGAAAAAAGUAGCUGAGCUUGAGCUGAAAAGAGUAGAGGUUGAAGAAGAAACAAGGCAUAAACUCAUUGACACCGAAGCCAAAUAUGAGAAGGAACUCGAGAAUUUGCGCCAUAGUGCAGGCAUCAUGAGAAAUGAAACAGAGACGGCAGAAGAAAGAGUGGCUGAACUGGCAAAGGACCUGAUGGAGACUGAGCAGAGAUUGCGAGAAGCAAUAGAAAACAUUGACCAACUCCAGGGGCAGAACCGGUCUUUUGGAAAAGCCAUGAGUUCCUUGCAGGACGACCGAGAUGAUCUCCUGGUCCAACUUGAGAAGUUGCAGAGCAAAUACAUGUCUGAUUUAGAGGUGGAGAGGAACAAGAGUGAAGAAUUGUACCAGGAGCAAUCCCAAUCCAAAUCCCAAUGUUCGGAAUUGGUAGAGGAGAACAACCGGCUCUCCACUGAGUUGUCUGCUUGGAGGAACAAUACCAUUGAAGACAGCCUGUUGGCCCGCAUUGAUGAAAUGAACACAGAACUUACUUCUAAACAGCAAGUUGUCAACGAAUUAACCUUGGAACUGGAAAAUUCAGCCACUCAGUUAAAAUCAUUUUCCAAGACUGUGAUGACACUACAGGAUGAGAGGGACAGACUGAUAGAUGAAGUGGCCAAAACCAAAAAGGUUCAUGAAGUAAAGCAGACAUCCUCUUCAAAUCCAGGCGAGGUGCAGAGCUUGAAAAAUGCUCUGUCUUCAUUGCAGAAUGAUCGAGAUAGACUGCUGAAGGAAUUGAAAAGUCUGCAGCAACAGUAUAUGAGAAUUGGGGAGGAGACGGCUGAAAUAUCACACCUCCAGGCUCAGCUGGAAAGCCAAAAGCACCAGAUAGCUAAUUACGAAGUAACGCAAGAGCAACUGAAGCAGGAAUAUAGUACCUGCCUAGAAGAAUUGGGACACCUAAGGUCUGAGAAAAUGUCUUUUGCCGCACAGAGUGAGAGGCUAAAGGAACAGUAUCUGAUUGCUGUAUCGGAUAAGGACAAACAGAUCCACGAGCUUCAGAGCAUGUGCCAGGAGAUGAGGCUGAAGUUGGUGCAGCAGGGACCUGCGGAAGCAACUGACCGAGACGAGUCUCUGAAGGAAGACCUGCAGAGUGAGAACAGGCAGCUGAAGGACCAGCUGAAUGACAGCCUAAAAGAGCUGCAUCAGAAGGAGCUUCGUAUCCAGAAACUGAACAGCAAGAUGUCCGUGGUGUUUGAAGAGAAGAUUGCUCUCUCUGCCCAGGUACGGGCCACAACACAGAACCUGCGUGACACGCAGCAGCGACUGAAUGAGUUACAGUUGCAUCAUACCACCCUUGAACACCAGCUGCUGGCCGAGGAGAAGACAGAGCCCAUGUUUGACACUGCACCUGGUGGCCCUCAGGAGAAGGACAGAAUUGACUUGCAGGUUAAAGAAACUGAUCUGAAACACCUAAAGCAAAGGCUUGUUGAAGCUAAGCAGGUCCAGGAGAGAACUGAGCAAGAACUGAGCCGUUUGGAGGACUUGCUGGCUGAAGAACAGGAAAAGCGAUUGGCCGCUGAAGAAGCCCUUCUCUCUGCUGAACACCAACUGAAAAGUGUGGAGCUGAGUGAGUGGGUCAGUGCCCAGGAGAGGAACCUUAAUACCUCAGCUUUGUCAGAACAUUCCUUGUUGAUAGAUCUACCGGAGAGUGCCACUCCCAGCAAGGCACGGAGGAACUCCAGCAUGAGGUCAUUCUGUUCUCUGUUCCAUUCCCGGUAUCGGACCAAGCUGCUGUUUACCUUGUAUUUCGUUGUGCUGCAUGUACUGUUCCUCUUGUGUUUCACUGGGAACCUCUAAACUUAAGGACGUCCGGUGUUCUGCUGUGAUGGGAUUUGCAGACAGUCGGCUGAUGGAAUAAACUCGUCGUACUUCACACCUGGAACAUGAGCUUUAACUGUUUGGAGAUGAUAAUUUCUUUUGUAUUCAAUGGGAAUUUCUACGUGUAUGCAAACGUUAAUAUUUUGCUCUGAAUUUUUCUUUUUGUUCUUAACUGAUGACAUUAUUCAUUUUUACUGUACUAUAGAGGAUCUGAUCCUGAGGGUUUGCCUUGGAUAGUAAUGGGCAUUACUAGAUAUUAUGGGCUCAAAGAGCACAAAUCGUGAAUGGAUAUCAGGUUGUACAUUCAGGUGACUGUGACUAGUUUACACUUCAUUCCCCUCUGAUAUCCUCCACAUAUCUGCCCUGAGAAGAUUAAUUUGUUUAUCAAUACCGCCAAGUGAGGGCUAUUUUUUUCAAAGAAACAUGCUAUUUUUCCUUAUUCUGCAUGUUCAUACACAUUGAUUCAUUAUUGCUGUAAUAUAGAUGAGUGGUUAGCAGUCUGCAGUUUCAGAUAUGCUUCAAUAGAUGGUGGUGUUGCACUACUUUGAGCACCCCAAGACAGAUGACAGCCCACUACACAGAGGUGCCCCUCAAAAAGAAUGCUGCAUCAUGUAAAAUAAUAUGUAAAAUACUUUACAGUCAUUAAGAUCGCUUUAAGGAAAGGAGAUAAUGGAUGUUUGUUAAUUCAGGCAAAAUCAGGGUUACAUUCUUGUAAUGUUGGGUAAGGCAUUUCACUUGGUUGUAGAUUGUCUUUGGAUAAGUUGGACAUGUGACUAUAUUUUUACCAAUUUCAGCUAUUUCUUGUUGCCUUAAGGGGAUGUUCAAUUGUUCUGUCUUUCAGUUGAUUAACAAGUGCCUUACCACAACACACAUUUUGGACUUUUAAACUCUCUAUGAUUUUGAUAUCUGAUUCAUCAUUAUAAUUAUUUACUGUUGAAAUAGCACAACCUCAAAACCGUUGCUUAGUGUCUCAGUGGAGGGCAGGGGUGAUCCACAAACAAGUAUCGUACUAUUGAGGCGUGUAGUAUUAGCUGGCUGGCUGUAAUGUGGCAGGGUGUGGAUUGUUCAACUUAUGAGGGCAGAGCAGUAGAAGAGCUCUGCUACUGUUACCUUAUGAGGAAAAGUUGGGUUACUGCUUUGCAUGCAAGUGGAAUGUCAUUCUGGGUCAGGGGCAUGAUAGAGUGUGACAAAUAUACAUGGUACCAGGGUGCAUGGCAGCAAAAUGUGCUAAAGGGUCAUAGCAUGCAGUAAACAGCCAGUCUGUGGUGACCAGCAGAUGACAGGGGUUCAUUGACAGGGAAAGAUGGAAGUGAUGUUAACCUUGGUGUAAUUAAUAGGUUUGCUUCUGGUAAUCAUGAGGUGACUUUGUGAAUUUGGAUUGGUACUUCAUCUCUUCUGUAGAGAAAAGUGGGUGGUGGUUUAAAAUACAAUUCAGGAGCACCAUUGGGUACUUUUGAUGGAGAAUGGAGACAAUAUGUAGAGAUAUCCCAAUGUGACCCCUGACUCUUCACCACACAUGCAUCCUACUGGUUCUGCAGCUCACCUGGAGUGAUAAUCGGGGGUACUACUACCCCAAGGUUCCAAGGUACAGAGUGAAUUUCCAGUCCAGCACCAUACAUCCUAAACAUUGACGUCAAUCCAGAGUCGAGAGUCAUCCAAACCAAGAGCAAACCACAGCUGCAUACUGACACAAAGGGUGGCUUCAUCCUGAAAGCAAUUACAUUUCCCCUGCCCACAACAAGAGAACCCCCUUGAUAUUCCCAUACCCACAAUCAGAACAAUCCAGAUGAUGUGAGAAUAUCUGGGUUUUGGUUAUUUGAGCAGCAGUGCAAUGUUGCAGAAUACCAGUCAGAUUAUGGGUCGUCUUGUCUAUGUAUUUAUGCAGUUAAAGGUUUCCUGCAUUUUAAUGGGAAGAACUUCAUAACAGUUUGUGAAAUCAAAAGGAGUUUAAAUUAUUUUUAUACCUAAGAUAUAUUUAAAUAUUCCAUUUUGCUGGGGAGAUUUCUAUUUCUUCUGUAUAGUAAAUCAUGUGUUCCUGUUUAAUUUAAAUCAUCUAUUUAUAAUAUGCAACUCAGAUGAGUAGCGUGUUGCCUUUUCCUGGGAACUGUAGACAAAAUGGUUGCCAAUGGUUCUCUACAGUGACUGAAAUGGCUGGUGGCAUUCAAACUCCUUUCACGCUAUUUGCUGUCAUUUUUCCACAUUGGGCUUGUGUAUUGAAGGGGUUAGGGAGGAUUUGGCAGCACUGCUACAAGUCAAUGGAGGGUUUGGCAAGCUGGAGACACCAAUGACCAAAGUAUUCAUGUAUGGCUUUGAAUAAAGUGUUUCUGAAAACAAACUUGACGUCUCAAUUCUUACACCCACUGUUCAUUUUGGCACAGAAGAAACAGA